UCCAAUGUUUGUUUCCAGUGCCACUGCCUGCGAAAUGGAAAACCACAUUCAGUUCUGCUGAGAGGAGAAACAUUGAUGCAACGACUGAUGGAUUAUUCCUAUUCCUUCGUCCAAAACCCAAUGGCGCCACCAAGGAGAUUACCCAGGAAGUUGGGUACAGUGGCUUAGAAAAUCAAGGAGCAACCAGCUACCUGAACUCAGCUUUGCAGGUCCUCUUUAUGACCAAAGAAUUCAGAGAGGCAGUAGAAAGGUUGCAGAUUACACCAAAUGAUGAUGAGGUACUUUACCAACUGCAACAACUAUUUGAAAAUCUAAAAGCUGAUUACAAAUGUGUAUCUACUCUCAAAAUAACCGAAAGUCUCUCAAUUGAAAAUGUUUUUGAACAUCAAGAUGCAGUGGAGUGGUUUGAGAAAAUCCUGAGUGUAGUGUCACCUGAUGCAUCACAGGUCUAUGAAGGAACCUUACUAAAAACACUGAGGUGUCUGAAGAAAGAUCAUGAUGAAUCUCACGAAGACAGCACAUUUUUAUCACUUCCAAUCACCAUUGAUGCUGGACAUGAUGAAGUAUUCCGUGUGGUUGACGGUCUUGAAGCCUUUUUUCAAACCACAAAGUUUGUUGACGACAACUGGCUGUACUGCGAUGACUGUGAUGAGAAAACAUACAUGGAAAUUAGUUUUAACAUCCAGAAGUAUCCCACAAUACUGACUCUGCACCUCAAGCGGUUUUACUUUGACGACAUGAAAAUGGGAUAUCGGAAGAACUGCUGCCCUAUGGACAUACCCUCCACACUUACCUACUUUGAGAGUUGCACAUAUGAUCUGUAUGGUGUCAUCAACCAUAGUGGGGUGUAUGGAAGUGGACACUACUAUGCCUACAUUCAGUCUCCUGAGAAUAAUGACUGGUUUUGCUUUAAUGAUUCUCACGUGGUAAAGAUCACAGACAAAGACUUCCUGGAAAGGUCAAAGACUGCAUACAUGAUUGUGUACAGGAAAAGAGAAUCUUCCUCUUCAUCUCCUCAUCAAGAAGAAGACACCAUGGAGACCAGCACUGAGGAAGCCCUCGAGACCGCAACAGCAGAUGAGAUCCCUAAGGAAAUCCUGAACAACACAGCGACCGAAAAGGGGAAACGACACAGCUACCUAAAACAGAGUUGGAUCAACUGGAUGAUACCGCUUUCCCUCCUCGUGAUGUUGCAUCUUGAUGCAGUCAACGUUGGUCUUCUUGUCUUCGAUUUCAUGAUGUGAGGCUUCUCUCUUUAGUUCUCCUCUGAUAGCCUGUAAUGCUCAAGAUUUCUGUUGGAAUUUUCUAUUGGUUCAAACAUGCAUGUGGGAUGGUGCAUGUGGGGCAAAUGUUAGACUAUAACAGAAUUAAAGUCUGAGUCUGAGACACUUUCCUUGACAGAAAGUUGUUCAUACCCUCUGUUUGCAGCUUGGUGUCGGUUAUCAUUAUGAAGAUAUUAGGGUACUAGUAUAGGUUUUGUGAAUGUUUAGAACUAUAUGGUUCAUUUAGGCAGCAAGAAGCUUGCCUUGUUUCACAUCAAUCGAUGGCCUUGUUUUGUUAUUUGUUGGGCCAUAGACAUGGGUGGAUUGGGCUUACUAUGAUUCGGAAAGUUGGAAAUGUUUCCUGUUUAAUACAUAGGCCUAGGUCUAAGAAUACACAGUUAUUUAAUAGCAGAGGAAAGUUCUUUGUGCUAAACUGUGGCUAUUUCUGAAAUGUACCACCUAAAUUGUAUCUGUGUUUUAAACAAUAAACGUUUCUUGUUAAACAA